AUGGAUCGAAAAUUCAACGCCGACAAUCAAUGGUUCAGCUCUCCACUCAUAGAUUUAUCAAAAUUCAAGGCGGAAGGCGUCGCACUCCAAAACUCCAUGCAAAACGUGGUGCCAGUGGAAAAAUUCGAAGAUCUCGCCGAUAUCAUCGAAGCCCGCGCGGGUUGUUCGAAAGAAACUGUGGGCGAUGUGCUGGCGGAUGUGUUGGCCACCGAGCAAUUUCUAACAGAUCCGAGUUUUGCCGGAAAAUCGUUGGAUGAGUGGAAGAUGGAGAUGGGAGAUUUGAAUGAUUGUUUAUUUACACAUAAGAAUCUAAGACAAAGAAAUCAAUAUAUGGAAGCUUCGAGGCAACGAAAAGCCGCAUAUGUUGCGAAUUUGAAAUAUGAUAAAUACGAUUUCGAGGUCUCGCGGCGAAAAAUCGAUUUAGAAAUGGAUUUAGAGCCGGAGGAAACCGGUGAAAAUGGUGAUAUUCUGAUAACUUGUGAUAUACUAUGUCCCUACAAUCGCGCUCUAUCAGCAAGUGAACUUCGAACAUCGCGGCUUUUAAAGGCGCAGACGAAAGUUUUGCUGCGCGGCGAGACCAAUUUAAAUGAAUUACGGCAGUGUUUGGUGUGUUUGAGUGAUGUUGUUGUGCCGCUGGAAGAUGGGAAAGAGCUAGAAGCGCCGGAUUAUUCGAGAGCGACUGCGGAAAUAUAUCCGAGCUCUUUUAUUUUUAUCGAUGACACGUUUUAUUUGGAUUUGUCGCAUGAUAAUGCUAUUGAUAUUUCAGAGUAAGCUUUUUGGGUGAAAAUUUGGUGGAUUUUGGGUGAAAAAUCAUGAAAAAUGAAAGAUUUUGAGCUAAAACUGAUGGAAGUCAUGAAAACUACGAUGCUCCGUGUUUACAUCUUUGAAAUUGCUUGAAAAAUGAUAGAUUUUGAGCUAAAAAUGAUUUAAAUCAUGAAAACUACGAUGCUCCGUUUUUACACCUCUAAAAUUUCUUAAAAAUGCUUCAUUUUGAUUCAAAAUUGAUGGAAAUCAUGAAAACUACGAUGCUCCGCGUUUACUUCUUCAAAAACAUGAUUUUUGACGGUGUGAACACGGAGUAUCGUAGUUUCUAGAUUGUCUAACGAUACUCCGUGUUUACACCUCCAAAAUCUCGGAAAAUCAUGUUUUUUAAAGAUGUAAAUACGAAGCAUCGUUUGAAAAUUGAUGAAUCAACGAAGCUCCACGUUUAAACGAUGAUUUUUGACGGUGUAAACGCGGAGUGUUGUUUAAAAACCCCCAUUUUCCAGACCAAUUCGCAAUUUUAUGUCAAAAAAAGCGAUUUUCAAUCCGACAAAAACGAAAAAUAUAAGAAAUACGAAAAUAAUUGAUCUAAAAUUGCGUCUCGGACAACCAUAUAUAUUCCAACAUUCCGGAAAUUGCGAACAUUUAUUGAUUUUUCACGAUUUGAGAAUGUUGCACCCGUCAGAUGCUCAAAAUCUCGACGAAUAUCCGAUUGUUGUGUAUGAAAAAGCGACGGAAAAACGAUGUGAUGCGUGUCAUAAGGAAAAUUCGGCGUUAGUUUGGGGAUUUUCUGGAUUUGGCGUGAAAUUUGGAGGAGAAUGAUAGCAAUUUUUGGAUUUUUUUGAAUUCCCUGUGAAAUUCUGAGUUUUUAGACACCCAUAUUCAUAUGGGUGUGAAGAAUUUUUACCUUAAGGUCCCUAAGGUACUUAGGGUCAAACUUGAUUUUUGACUAGUUCUGAGUGGAAAUUUGAAUUUACCAGGAAAUUUGGUGAAGUUUUUAGACACCCAUACUCAUAGGGGUUUGAAGAAUUUUUACCUUAAGGUACCUAAGGUACUUAGGGUCAAAUUUAAUUUUUGACCAGUUUUGAGUUGCAUAUCGAGUUUAGCAGGAAAUUUGGAGUUUUUAGACACCCAUAACUUUAUGGUUUUAGGGAAUGUUUACCUUAAGGUCCUUAAUUACCUUAAUAAUUUUUUCACUUAAAAAUAAGGUUCUCGUAUAUCAAACGAUGGGGAUUUUUAUGCUGAAUUCGACUAUACUCGAGAAAAUUCUUAAAAUUUAACCCUAAGGUCACUAAGAGACCUUAGGGACCUUAAAAGUUUAAAAUAUUGUUAAUGUAUAUCAAUCGAUUCCAAAUUUCACGCUGAAUUCAAAGAAUUCCGAGAAAAAAUGUUGUUUUCCAGAUUUGUCGUCGAAAAAUCCGAAAUUCUCCCCAACACCUUCCAAUAUUUCUGCGAAGAUUGUUUCCGCGAAUUCAAUUUCACCAACGGCCUCAAAAAUCAUAAUUUCAGAGCGUGGCCUGUUUUUGGGCUCAACAGAUUGAGAGAAUGAAGCAUUUUCAUUGAUUUUUAGCUGAAAAUACCUGAAAAUUUGUGUUUUUUACACUAAAAUACCUUAAUUUUACCCUAAUUUACUCUUAAAUUUAAGGAUUUUUAGCGAGAAGCCAUGAAUUUCAAUGAUAUUUUGAUGGGAGGACCGCCGGAAGAGCGAAAAAAGCUGAUUUUGAUCAAAUAUCCGGGAAUUGUGAAGAAUUUGGAUAAAGCACUUAACACCAUGGGUGGUCUUCCACAAAUUAUCAAUAAUCAUCUGAAUAAUCAUGCCAUUGAGCUAUCACACACUCCACAAAAUCCAUUUACCAGCAAAUUGAUGUCGGAACGAAAAAAUGAGGAUGCGGUGAGUGUUUUGGGCGAAAAUUCGGGAAAUUUGGAGCAUUUUGAGCCCGAAAAUGAGAUUUUUGAAUGGAAAUUCGAAUUCAGCGUGAAAUUUGGAGUUUUUUGA